CCAUGGCCUCGUGCUGGUGGCGCUGGCGGCCCCGCGGCUCCUGGGGGCCGGCGGCUCGGAGCCCCGGUCCGGGCGGCUGCGGCCGAGCGGGGCCAGCGGGGCCGCGCGCCGCAGCUUCCGGGCGCGCUCAGAUGUCCUAUAUUAAUCACAUGAAGAGCUUAACAUCUGCCUUUCCAAAUACCUAUAGUCUAUCCCGAUUUCAUCACACAACCUCAGCCACAUGCUGUUGUAGAACACAGAGUGGUGAAAAGUACAGCGAUCCCUUUAAACUGGCUUGGAGGGACUUGAAAGGCCUGUACGAGGACAUUCGGAAGGAGCUGUUCGUCUCUACGACGGAACUAAAGGAGAUGUCUGAGUACUACUUUGAUGGGAAAGGAAAAGCCCUCCGGCCAGUCAUUGUGGUGCUGAUGGCGCGCGCGUGCAAUAGCCAUCAUAAUAACUCCCGAGAUGUGCAAGCCAGCCAGCGCUCCAUAGCCUUAAUUGCAGAAAUGAUCCACACUGCUAGUCUGGUUCAUGACGACGUAAUUGAUGAUGCAAGUUCUCGCCGAGGAAAGCACACGGUUAAUAAGAUCUGGGGUGAAAAGAAGGCUGUUCUAGCUGGAGACUUGAUUCUUUCUGCAGCAUCAAUAGCUCUGGCACGAAUUGGCAACACAACUGUUAUAUCUAUUUUAACCCAAGUGAUUGAAGAUUUGGUGCGUGGUGAAUUCCUUCAACUUGGAUCAAAAGAAAACGAAAAUGAAAGGUUCGCACACUACCUAGAAAAGACCUUCAAGAAGACUGCAAGUCUGAUAGCCAACAGUUGUAAAGCAGUGUCGGUGCUCGGGUGCCCUGACCCAGCGGUACAUGAGAUCGCCUAUCGAUAUGGGAAAAACGUGGGAAUAGCUUUUCAGCUAAUAGAUGAUGUAUUGGACUUCACUUCAUGUUCUGACCAGAUGGGCAAACCCACAUCAGCUGACCUGAAGCUUGGAUUAGCUACUGGCCCUGUCUUAUUUGCUUGUCAGCAGUUCCCAGAAAUGAAUGCAAUGAUAAUGAGACGGUUCAAUCUACCAGGAGAUGUGGACAGAGCUCGACAGUAUGUAUUACAGAGUGAUGGUGUGCAACAAACAACCUACCUCGCCCAGCAGUACUGCCAUGAGGCAGUAAGAGAGAUCAGUAAACUUCGACCAUCCCCAGAGAGAGAUGCCCUCAUACAACUUUCAGAAAUUGUGCUCACAAGAGAUAAAUGACAACAAUUUGCUACUUCUGGCAGCUAUUUUACCAGACUGUGCCUAAAGAAUUUUGUGGAAUAUAUGUUGCUUCAUGUGCAGAUAACCAAAAAUCACUUCAAAAAUCAUUUCAAC